CUCCGCCCGGGGUGGGCGGGGCGGCUGGGGCUCCCGGAGCGGGCCCGGGGGCGGGCCUCCGCCUGCUGCGCCCGAGCCCGGAGAGCCCGGGCACCGCGGCCGCCGACGCAGCCACCGUCCCGGUUCCUCAGCCUUGAGGCGCGCGCGGGUUCCCUGGUGACCCGAGAGAAGACCGCGGGAGGGAGCGCGAGGCGGCGCAGGGCGGGCCGCACGCGUCCCCGGCCGCCCCCCGCGCGCGCGUGGCCGGGCCCAGAGAAGCCCCGGCGCGGGGAGCGCCGGCCCGGCGCGGGCGAGGGCGAUGCCGCGGUGACGGCCCCGCCAUGGCGAAGCCCCCGGCGGUGGCGGCGGCGGCUGCGGCGGCGGCGUCGGAGGAGCUGAGCCAGGUGCCGGACGAGGAACUGCUGCGCUGGAGCAAGGAGGAGCUGGCGCGGCGGCUGCGGCGCGCCGAGGGCGAGAAGGUGGGCCUCAUGCUGGAGCACGGCGGCCUGAUGCGCGAUGUGAACCGGCGGCUGCAGCAGCACCUGCUGGAGAUCCGCGGCCUCAAGGACGUGAACCAGCGGCUGCAGGACGACAAUCAGGAGCUGCGCGAGCUCUGCUGUUUCCUGGACGACGACCGGCAGAAAGGGCGCAAGCUGGCGCGCGAGUGGCAGCGCUUCGGGCGCCACGCGGCCGGCGCCGUGUGGCACGAGGUGGCCCGCUCGCAGCAGAAGCUGCGGGAGCUCGAGGCGCGCCAGGAGGCCCUGCUGCGCGAGAACCUAGAGCUGAAAGAGCUGGUGCUGCUGCUGGACGAGGAGCGCGCGGCGCUGGCGGCGGCGGGGGGCGCUGGCGGCAGCGGCGGCGGCGCGGGCUCCCGCAGCUCCAUCGACAGCCAGGCCAGCCUGAGCGGUCCCCUGGCGGGCAGCGCCGCGGGCUCGGGGGCCCGCGACGUUGGCGACGGCAGCAGCACGUCCAGUGCGGGCAGCGGCGGCAGCCCGGACCACCACCACCACGUCCCACCGGCCCUGCUGCCCCCGGGGCCGCACAAGGGUCCGGAGGGCAAGGCCGGUGCCACGCGCCGGUCCCUGGAUGACCUGUCAGCGCCGCCGCACCACCGAAGCAUCCCUAACGGCCUGCACGAUCCCUCAUCUACCUACAUCAGGCCGUUGGAGACCAAGGUGAAGCUGUUGGAUGGUGACAAACUCCCCCCACAGCUGCCCCGCCCCUACGGCCUCCAGAGAAGCCGGCUCCAGCAGGCAGGCUCUGGAGAGUUCCGGACACUUCGGAAAGGCUUCUCCCCAUACCAUUCGGAAUCCCAGCUUGCGUCCCUGCCGCCCUCCUACCAGGAAGUCCUACAGAACGGUCCAGCCUGCCCUGUACCGGAGCUGCCCUCACCCCCUUCCACCGUCUACAGUUCAGCAGGACAGAAGCCUGAGGCUGUUGUGCAUGCCAUGAAGGUUCUGGAAGUACAUGAGAACCUUGACCGGCAGCUCCAAGACAGCUGUGAGGAGGACCUGAGCGAGAAGGAGAAGGCCAUCGUUCGAGAGAUGUGCAACGUGGUCUGGAGGAAACUGGGGGACGCUGCCAGCACCAAGCCCUCCAUCCGGCAGCACCUGUCUGGUAAUCAGUUCAAGGGGCCGUUGUAGGGCCAUCUCUCCAUGGGUGCAGACUGGCCCUGCCUGGAGUCUGAGGCCUUAGACCUGGCAGAAACUCUGGCCUAGCCACCGUCUUUCUCCGUGGUGAAUUGUACAUAGGACACGGCCCACCCUGGCUGCCCUGGUGUGACACUGACUGCCCAGGCCUCCACCUCCUGCCUCCCUCACCAGCAAACCUUGGCAAGACAAGAAGCCAUGGCCUGCUCGCUGCAGCAAAGUGGCCAGGCAGCCUGGCUCCCCGUUUGAGCUCCACGUUCCAUUAGCAAGAAGCUUCUGAGACUCCAAGCCAAGGGAUUGUCUGGGGAGGUGCCCUGCUCUUGGUAGAAGUCCCUUGACAAGUAUUCUAACUGUCCCUUACACUGGACAGAAGCCACCAGAGCCUCAAUUGUGACACGGGUGGCGCUUUCUGCUACCCGGCCAGAGCCGGGACCCUGGGUCACGGAGCACUGGCUCCCACGUAUCCAUUGGCUGGCCGGGAGCUCAGGGUUCCCUGUCACCUGGGGGUUGGUGCCCAGCCGCCCUGAUGCCAGCUGCUGCUCACUAACAUUCACCCCCUCAGUAGCAUCUCCUUGCCUAGGUCAGGCUUAGCCACUUCUUAGGUCUCUCCUGCCAGGUUUCCUUUUCUGGUUUACAGCAACAUAGGAAAAAGCCCUGGAGAUGUCCGGGCUGAGCUCAGCAUUCUCAAUGGGCAGGUAGAACCGGGCCAUUGCCCUGGCUCACUGUCGAUGUGACCUCCCCACCCCCCAUGUGCUCUGGGUCACUAUGGAUGGACCUACAGGAGCCGCCCCUGAUGAGUUUUCCCUGGGAAGGAAGGGGCAUGACCUGGUUCUGGCUUUAAUCUGCUGUGUGGCCUUCAGCAAGCCACUCAGCUUCUCUGGGCUCCCAGCGGUUCCCUUUGGCUUUGCUUACUCUAGAAACCACCCCAGUUUGGUGGGCCUCUGUCCUCAACAACGGAUGAGCUCAUGUGGUAACUUACCAGGAACAUGCUAGGCCAGCCUGUCUGUCAUGCUGUCCCCUCACAGGUCACAUCUGAGCCUUAGCACCUCCCUCCAAGGGACCUGAGCAGGGGACGGGGAGGGGGUUGUCAAAUGCGUGCUUCAGUGUACGUGUUCAUGCCUCAGACAGCGGGUGACGCAUGACUGAUGGGGGUGUUCUCUAACGUGGUGUGAGGAGAACGAGGACUGGGGUGCUCUUGUGAACUGUGCAGAUGCUAUCUGUGGGAGGCCCUGGCCUCGCUGCCGGCAUCAUGUAUGGCAUCACGUACCGUGUUUUACAAACACACUCAGCAGCUGUCCCCAUGCAAUGGUACUUAGAGCCCCACACAGCCCAAAGAGCUUGUCCUUGCCUCCCAUACCUGUGAGCAGAGGGGACAGGCCAAGAAGGUGGGUGGCGUCUCUGCUCCCCAACCUUGGGUUGUUCCCAGCGCCUCUGCUGCCCACCCCCUUGGGUCCCAUACUCUCAGGGGAAAGGCCCACGGCCCUUGGUGUGCCCAGGGAGUGCUAUGCAGGGGCCGGAGGGAACCAGCCUACUGCUCUGGCCGCUGGCGUCACUGGGAAACUCUAGAAGGAGCUGCUGUAUGGUCAAGUGAUAAAACUUGGAACUCCAACUGCUGGCCCCAGUACUGGGUAAUCUCUAAGUGGGCUGCUGGGCAGGCAAGACCCUUCCUGGUUCUUUUGAGAACCCAGAAUGUUGAGGUAUGUGGGCCCACACAAGGUGGGAGCCAAGUCAGAGAGUCCCAGUCAAAUCUGUAUCAGGACAGUUUAGCCACCUCUGAAAUAAGCAAUAAGUAAGAGUUCCUGGAGUCUGAAGACCAGUCAAGAAAGAGCCUAGAAACAACCUUUCCCUUUUGGAGAGGUGUGACCCUGUCCCUAAUGCUGCAGAGGCAUCCUGGGAACCUAAAGAGAAUUUCUUGUAGACCCUCUGCCCUUGUGCAGGGUGGAACAAGAUAUACCCCAGCCCUUUGCAGUGGGCUGCCCUCUAGGACAGUCUGCAUCAUAUCUCGAGCCUAUCAGGAGAGGCCAGCAGCACCCAGCGGAGCCCUGGGCUGGGGACCACAGGUGACCUUCGUGACCCCUCCCUUCCGGAGCCUUAGCUUUGCAGUGCCGACUCUCCAUCUCACAGGAUGCUUGGACUGGCUCCACCCCCCACUGUGACAGGUCACCUGGCCCCAUCUAGGUGGCCUGGCCUUCCCUGGAGUCAGAAUCUGCUGAGCACAUCUUCAUCUGCAUUCAACAGCCACUCGCCAGUGUUUAAAGACAAAGUGACCUUUCAUUUUUCUUUCUUGAAACUUGAGAGGAAGUGAGAUACACACUACUGAUUUUUUUUUUUUUUUAAAGAAACAAACUAGACGCAUGGCUGCAGAGUGGCAGAGGUGUCUAUUUUCAUACUGUGGGGGAAAGUGCUGCUUUUGGGAGGGGCUGGAACGCCUGGUUUCUGCCCCGGGCCAGUCUUGUACAGGAGUUGGUGGUGAGCCCUGCAGCUGCCCUCUCCUGCCCUGGCUGUGUAGAGCUGGAGCCUGUGCCCUUCGGCGGUUUCUACCUUCUAUCGAGCCACUUCGAUUUGUGGAGAGAGAGAAAAAAAUAGAACUUUUGAUAGUGUGGUAAAAGCAUUGAUUUGAACUAUUUUAGUAAAAGGAGUAACAUAUAAGACUGUGACAGUGUCUACUUUGAACUAGAUAAUAAAGGCCUCUUUGUGAGCCUCGGA